ACCCCGUGACAGGCCAGUGAAUUCAAAAAUUCAAAACAAACUCCGGACUGUUGUUCUGUCAUGCUAGUGUUUACUCUAGCCUCGCCACCGGAUUAUAAUUGAGAUUAGUUUCCCUUAAUAAUGGAAGUAGAAGAAAAGCACAGAGAUAGUUCAAAUGUGAAGUCAGUGGAAAUACCGAAGCCUCCAUCUAUUGAUGAUUUCAUCGUUUUGAAGCCCAUCAGUCGCGGCGCCUUUGGAAAGGUCUACCUCGCUCGGAAGAAGUCCAAUGCGCGCUUAUACGCCAUUAAGGUAAUGAAGAAGGCAUACAUGGUGGAUAAAAACAUGGCGAGCCAGUUGAAGGCAGAGAGAGAUGCCCUCGCUCUGAGCAAAAGUCCUUUCGUUGUUCACUUGUUUUACUCCCUCCAGACUUCAGCCAAGAUCUAUCUGGUGAUGGAAUACCUCAUUGGUGGGGACGUAAAGUCUCUCCUUCAUAUUUAUGGAUAUUUUGAGGCGGACAUGGCUGUAAAGUACAUUUCUGAGGUGGCACUGGCUCUGGACUACCUCCACCGUCACGGCAUAAUCCACAGGGACCUGAAGCCAGACAACAUGCUCUUAUCCAACGAAGGCCACAUCAAGCUGACAGACUUUGGUCUUUCAAAAGUCAAGCUUGACCGAGAGCUGAGUCUUAUGGAUAUCCUCACGACUCCAUCUUUGGCUAAACCCAAAAAAGACUUCUUCCGCACGCCGGGUCAAGUUCUCUCUUUGAUCAGCUCCCUCGGAAUCUUACAGAACACACCGGCAGGAGAAGGCAAGCGGCACUGCAGCGCCUCAGCUGUGUCCAGCCCGAUGUCUGGCAGCAAAGUCAAGCAGAAGAACAACUCACUUGGUUCUCCUUUGAUGAACAACUCAGAUCAGCCGUUCUCUCCUGCUGGCUACCUUUGUAAACUGAGGCCUAAAAGCUGCAGGUUUAGUCCUCAUAAACUGGCAAAUAACCUGACUCCCAAGUUGCUGAAGACCAGGAAGAGGUUUGAGACGAUGAGUGCAGGAAGCACGACCGACACUGAGGGGGGCAUCAGUCCCAUGUGGGAGUGUGAGGAGAAAGAAAAUGAGCACCUCAGCGAGCAGAGGUCUAGAGGGGAAUGUGAGUGUAAAGGAUCCCAACGGGCCGAUGGAGUUUCUGCUAAAGCUCCCUGUAAUUUGUCCAAGAAGUCUAAUCAUGACCAGCUUAUAGGAGAAGGUUCUUACAGCGUGAAACCUCGACCUUUCUCCACAGCUCAGCUUGAUGGUUGUCUGUUAGAGAGAGAUUACUGCCAGCCAACUGUUCCCUCAUCUGUAAAGAGGACAUUUUCAGAAAUGGAAAGAAGUCCAGAGCUCCUGGAGACCAGAGCCAAGAAGACAAAUGCAGACUACAAAAGAUUCUUUGAGAUUCCGGAGGAGACUGCUCGGAGUCACUCUGGUCUGACUGGGACAUUUUCCACCAUCCAAAUUGGCAAUGUUUUGACCUCCAUUAGAGGGAACAUGGCUGCUGAACACGGAAAUCUGAGGCGCUCCAGUCCCAUUCCCCCCGCUGUGACCAAAAGUCUUUUUAGUGAACUGGAGGAGCCGGUGGAGGACGUGUUUGAAGAAGGGGCUAAAGACUUAUCCCAGACCAGUUUCACAUCACCCCUUCCUGGGAACGUCGACGUUUGCAGGAACCUGAGCCUCGACUCUGAUGGGUCCAUGCAUGAAACAUCUCUCACCAUCGACUGCAAUGCUGCUCUGCAACCAAGCAAGCCAUCAGAAAGCAGGUACUCCAUCUCAUUAGAGGAACACGUAAAGAGCACAGAGGCACCACCACAGACCACCUCUGCUACCACGGAAACACCCAAACCCCCUCAGUCUGAGGAGAGAGGUGAAUCCCAGGGUUCCCUCCAUAACCAACUCCAUGACAUCACCUGCAGCGUCUCACAGUCUCCUUCCUUCCUAAAGCCUCAAAACGGCGUUGCUUUCCGCAGCUACUGCAGCUCCAUCAACCGCUCCAACAUUUCCGGGGUCUCGAGGCUCAGCGUCGGAUCCAUGGAGGCCAUAGAUGUGUCCACCCUGGUUUUUCCCUCUGUGUGCGGCACGGCAACGCCUGUGCAGAGGAGAAGAAGUUCCAACAAUUCUCUUUAUCAGACUCCUCAGCCCAUGUCGACCUCCCACACCCCUUACAGGACUCCAAAAAGUGUCCGAAGGGGUGCGCUGCCUGUUGAGGGCGCUCCGAUUUUGGGAACCCCGGAUUAUUUGGCUCCGGAGCUGCUGCUUGGAAAACCCCACGUUUCAGGAAGGCCUCAGUUUGACUGCAUGGUGGACUGGUGGGCGCUCGGCGUGUGUCUGUUCGAGUUCCUCACAGGAGUGCCGCCUUUCAACGACGAGACUCCUCAGUUGGUUUUUCAGAAUAUUCUCAACAGAGAAAUCUCCUGGCCUGAGGGAGAGGAGGAAUUGUCUGCAAAGUCAAGGAAUGCCAUUGAAAUCCUGCUCACCAUGGACAUGGCAAAGCGUGCUGGCCUAAAGGAACUGAAGCGCCACCCCUUGUUUGCCGACCUGGACUGGGACAACCUGCAGAACCAGCCGAUGCCUUUCAUACCUCAGCCGGAGGAUGAAACCGACACCUCGUACUUCGAGGCGAGAAACAACGCUCAGCACAUAGCUGUGUCUGGCUUCAGUCUAUAGCCUCGGGCUGAGAGUUUUUAUUUCUGUUAAACGGCACUGAUUUCAAAAUAUAGCAGUUGGCUAAAUCAGAAUCACAUGAAUACAUUUAAGUGAUCCUGAUCGGUUCUCCGUUUACUGGUUCUUUUAACAAAACAUUUUUACACAUGUGCAGUUACUCUUUAAAGGAGGUGUUUAUUGUAUGAUGUGGAAAGUAUUUUAAAACGUAUACUGUGGAUUCAAGAGGCUUAAAUUGUGUUCUUCUUUGCUGGUUAACUUUAUCGUCUGCAGGUUUUGAUUUAAAAGUUUGCAGGCAGGUCUUUUUUCUUUUCUGCUGCCCUGUUUAUCCACAAAAUGCUGGCCACCUCUAUGUCUCUAUUUAGGAGUGCAAUAAGAAAACCUAUACAUAUAUUCGUUAAUAAUGUGUUUUAAUGUGCAAAGUUUGUUUAUUAUUUAGUCUGAUUGUUUUAAGUCAGAAGUGGGGCUGGUUUUAUGUUGUUUGAUCCAAUUUCGUUUCUAUUCCCAACACUACUGCUUUGCCCUUAGGACUGUUUUAUAUUCUUUGCUUUACGUUAAAAGGGAAAAUAUAAAUUAAAUGUUUGCUACGUGAUGCACCUUGUACAUUUUUCCCUCAAACAUUACUUUCAAUAAACUCUAAAUACCGUUGACAAA